UUCUGGUUGAUUUUAGUUUUUGAAACCCAAGCAAAUGUUUUCAUUUUCCCAGAAUGCCCUCGUCACCCUUGCUUAUUUACUGUUUUGCAUUUUCCCCCAAUUUAUACUUUCCCCUCACAAUCAAACCCUAGAAACCCAAAUUCAUCUUUGGAGCUGCGUUUAUACAGGAAGAAACCGAUCGACAACUCAAAGAAUCAUUAUUUAUCAAGAUAUUUAACGGAAUUUCAAGGAAAAAGUUUAGUUUGAAUUGGAGAACCCCUGCCCUAAUGAAGUUUAAAAGAGGAAGCAAAGUGGAGGUAAUGGACAGAGCAGAGGUGCCAGUCUCAUGGCGCAGAGCAGAUAUAUUGUCCGGGAAUGGCCAUACUUAUACUGUGAGGUUUGAUUCCGCUUCCCCAGUGAAAAAUGAAUCAAUGGUGGAAAGGGUAUCAAGGAAGUUUAUUAGGCCUUGUCCCCCUUCAGUGCAAGGUGGAGAGAGUUGGUUUUGUGGGGACAUUGUUGAGGUGUUUAAUGACUAUUCAUGGAAAGUUGCCAUUGUUGUCAAGGUUUUUAGAGGAGAUUACUAUUUGGUGAGACUAGUUGGGUGCUUUCAGGAAUUUAGCUUUCACAGAACAGAAAUGAGAAGCAGACAAUGUUGGCAGGAUAACGAAUGGGUUUUGAUGUCUAAGGGUAAUGGAGAAUGUCAACCUGUCAAAUCUCAGAAACUGUCAACUUCUGAUUUUUAUCAAAAGAUGAGCUUCCAAUUGCCACGCCCUGAUCCUUGGGCUAAAACUCAAGAUGACACUAGAUUUCAAGACUCUCAUGUAGUCUCUGCAAGAUCUCUGAAGAGGAUGUCUCCAUACUGCUCUUCUGCUGUUGAAACACACUCUGGAAACUUCCAGAAACUAAGAAUUGUGGAGGCAAAUGGACCGAAACGGAGAGUAAUUCCAGCACCGUUACUGAAAAAGGUAGAUGAUGUUGCUUGCCAAAGAAAAACUCUAGGUGAGAAAAACAUGCAUGCUUCCUUUAGUGUUGCAUCAAACAGAUACAAUGAAAUGGACAAAGCAAAACUAGAUGGUGCCCUUUGCUGUUCCCAUAUGAGAAGCUCAGAAUCUAGUGAUUCUGAUAGGGAUGCUAGCUCUGUUGGCAGUUGUAGUGUUACUAGUUCUAGUGCAAUUAGGUUCAAUUGUCAUUCAGUACCCGUUCCUUUUCAAGUGUCAGAUGCCCCUUGUAGUGAUGCUGAGUCAGUUUACCGUUCAGGUGAUGAGGAGGGAAGUAAUCCUCCUCUAGAAGAGGAUUUUGCAGAAAGUAUUCAUAGGUUAGAGUUGCAUGCUUAUCGCUGCACUUUGGAGGCACUGCAUGCUUCUGGGCCCUUAACUUGGGAACAAGAAGCAUUGCUCACAAAUCUCCGCAUUCAACUCCAUAUUUCUAAUGAUGAACAUUUGAUGGAGUUAAAGAACCUAAUUUCUGCUAAAAUUAACAAUUAUCCCAGUUAAUAGUUUGUCAAGGGGCUUUCUUUGUUUCUUGUAUAUAAUAGGUUCAUGCUUCUCCACCCCUUUUAGAGUUGUAAAAGGAAAGUUACAUGCCCCAUUUUAUAUCUAUUGUCUUGGUAAUUCCCUAAUUUCCCAGACAGGAGCUUUUGUAACUAGAGGAUUGUGUAAUAAAUGCUUUCAGCAAAAUGUAAAAAAAGAUUAUGAAGAAUUUCGUAUUUUGAUUCCAA